ACUGCAAACAUGGUAUCGAAGCAGGACACUAUUGGUGUCGAUCUACCUACUUCAUCAAUGGUUUCAACAGCUGUUAUUGAAGCUACUAAUUUUAUGAGGGGAGCUACAACUCUACCUCCAUUGUUACCAAGUGUUCAUGUGACUUCAAUGUCACUUGGAGGACUACAUGAGGCAACUCUGCCUCACACAGCAACUUCAUCACAUGAAGGAGUUUUGCCAAGACUGUUUACUUCUUCACAGGUUCAUUCUCAACCCAUUCUGCCCACCCCAUCUUCUAUCUUUCCUACUCACACUACCAUCCCAUCAUAUCCUUUCUUACAACAACCUGUGAUGAAUGAUCCUAUGAACACUAUGGCACAAAAUCCUUUCUCAAAUCCCUACAAUUUUUUGCCUAGUGAUUUUUCUAUCCACAAACUCAUUUCUAUUGAGCUAACUAGUUCCAACUACCAUAUGUGGAGUGGUAAUUUCAUCAAUGCAUUGCGUGCGAGAAAUAAACAGGGAUUUGUUGAUGGGACCAUACCUGUCCCAGAGGUUGAAGAUCCUCUAUAUCCUCUUUGGAUGCAAGCAAAUAGCCUUCUUAAAACAUGGAUUACCAAUUCUGUCUCACCACAGAUCAUGCAAGGUAUCUCAUCCUGGAAAACUGCAAGGGAAGUUUGGUUAGAUCUCAAGGAAACUUAUUCAGUUCUAAAUGAAGCAAGGAUUUUUGAGAUCUACAGAGAGCUAACCACUAUCAAACAAAAGAAUCUAUCCAUGACUGAUUAUUAUACAAAGUGUAAGGCUUUGUGGGAUGAGUUACAAGAAUAUGAAGAAACCCCUUGUUGUAAGUUUUGCAACACUCACAAGCUAUUUCUGAGUAAGAGGAAUAGAGAGAGGCUCAUGCAGUUUAUAAUGGGUUUGGCUGAAGGUUACAAUCAUGUUAGCAGCCAAAUUAUGAUGAUCAAUCCUGUGCCUGAUGUCAACAAAGCAUACAAUAUGCUACUUCAAGAAGAAAGAAUGCAAAAGGUUACAAGUAUUCAGAAAUCAAUUUCAGAGGAGGCCAUCGCUAUGGCAUUCAAGAAAUUCACCAGUGCAGGAAAUACUCAGAAUUUCAAGCCAAACAACAAGUACAAUCAAUCAAGGAACACAGACAAACAAAAGAGAGAUUCUGAGCAGAGUUCAAAGUCAUCCUAUUCCAACAACAAGGACAAUAUAUCUUGCAAUUACUGCAAGAAAGAAGGGCAUACAAUAGAUAAAUGCUUCAAGAUACAUGGCUAUCCUCCAAACUCGUCUAAGAGAUUCAAAACUAACCAUGCCAAGGGAAAAUCCUACUCAACUAAUCAAGUUGAGGGCAAUACUAUUGAUCAAUCAACUGCUGUGGAGCUGACCAGUGAUCAGUGCCAACAGAUUGUGGAGUUCCUCAAAACAAAAGGCAAUCAAGAAGGAGCUUCAACAGAGAAUCAACAAGUUAUGGCUACUGCAGUUGCAGUAGCAGGAAGCAGCCACAUUGAAGAAAGCUGGGAUGGGAACCACUAUUAAAGGACUUUACCUAUUGCAUGAAGCAGCCAAGGACUGUUUAGGACAUUUUGAAAAUGUAAAUCUAGUGGUUAGUGCUAAGUUAUGGCAUGAGAGACUUGGACAUCCUUCUGAAAAUGUGUCCAAGCUCUUGCCCAUCCCCAUGUAUCAAGAUAUUCACAAUUGUAUUGAAUGCCAUUUGGGUAAAAUGAAAAGAAAAUCUUUUGAAAUUAGUGUGACCAAGACCAGUGCAAUAUUUGAACUAAUUCACAUGGAUAUUUGGGGUCCUAACUCAACA